AAAAAGUAGUCUCUCAAAAUGAUCGAUAUGUAUUUUGCAGUUUUUCAUAAUUUUGAACCGUUCCCGAAAUAUAGAUGACGGAGACAGGCUUUAUAGACAUCUUAUACAUGUAAUUCUCAAAUAAAGUUGUGAUAUCUCUUUUCAGAAUUAUUUGAAUUUGUAAAAGAUGGAAAAUAACAAGCGAUUCAAUCCAUAUGUCAGUGUUGAUGCUGAAGAAGAAAUAGUUAUCUCUGGUAUUGCCGGAAAAUUUCCUAAUUGUGAAAAUAUAAAAGAAUUUCAAGAUAAUAUUUUCAAUAAAAUGGAUCUUGGUUCGAGCUAUAAUCAACGCUGGACUAACUAUAUCUAUAAAAUGCCUGCUCGAAUAGGAAAAAUGAACAAUAUAGAAAAAUUUGACUCUGAAUUCUUUAACAUAUCGACCGAAGAAGCUCAUGUACUUGAUCCUGGAUGCAGAAUGUUACUUGAGCAUAUCUAUGAAGCAAUUAUUGAUGCGGGUGUAAAUCCCGCAGAACUGCAAGGAACAAAUACGAGCGUUAUCACAGCAAUAAGUGUUUCUGAUACAUUUAUAGAUUUGCCAUACGAAAAGCUUCAAAUUGCUGGAUUACCCAUUCUUGGAUGCUCUAAGAAUAUGAUAGCAAGCAAAAUUUCUUAUUGGCUCGGCGUUACUGGUCCGGCGUACAAUAUAGAUACUGCAUGCAGCUCGAGUCAUUUCGCAAUGGUGGAAGCUUACAGGAUGAUUCGAUCUGGCAUUUGCGAAGCGGCUAUUGUCGCUAGCAUAAAUAUAUGCAACAAUCCGUCUGUCACUCAUCAGUUUUUUGCUUUAGGAGUUCUAUCUACUGAUGGUUAUUGUAAACCUUACGAUGAAGAAGGUAAUGGUUAUAUGCGUAGUGAUUCAGCUGCAGUAAUGUACUUACAAAAAGCAAAAGAUGCAAGAAGAAUUUAUGCGACUUUUGUCUAUGGAAAAACCAACUGCGAUGGUUUUAAAGAAGAAGGAAUUACCUUUCCAUCAUUUGACAAACAAAUGUUAUUGGAAGAAGUUUACGAAGAUUGCGAUAUUUCGCCUCUUGAGUUAUUUUACAUAGAGGCUCAUGCAACUGGUACUCUAGCGGGCGAUCCUGUGGAACUUCGAGCCAUAGAUGAAGCUUUAUGCGAAAGACAACUACCUUUGUUAUUGGGUUCAAUAAAGUCGAAUAUUGGAUAUUCAGAAGCUACUAGCGGUCAUUGUCAAAUUGCAAAGGUUUUAAUAGCGAUGGAAACUGGUAUACUAGCAUCUACUAUACAUUUUAAACGUCCACGAAAGAAUAUGACGGCUAUCAUUGAAGGAAGAGUAAAAAUAAUCACUGAACCGACAGAAUAUAAGGAUGGUUAUAUCGGUAUUAAUUCCUUCGGAUUUGGCGGUGCUAAUUGCCACAUAUUACUGAAACCAAAUCCAAAAAUUAAAAUCAACAAUGAAGAAGACAAUAAUUUACCUAGACUUGUAGUUAUUUCUGGAUGUACGGAGGAAGCGGGUAAAAUUAUAUUAGAUGACGUACAGAGUCGGUCGAUAGAUGUAGAAUAUAUCUCUCUGCUACAUCGUAUUCAUAAUGACAAUAUAAAAGGACAUUCCUACAGAGGAUACAUUAUUGCUGGAUCUAAUGAAUCCGAUAAUGCAAUAAUUAAAAUAGAACGCAACGUAUGUACGAAAAGACCGAUUUGUUUCAUAUUUUCAGGACUCGGAUCUCAGUGUUUUAACAUGGGUCGAGCUUUAAUGAAAUUUCCAGCAUUUACUAACGCGAUCCAGAAAUGCGACACAAUUUUAAGACCUUACAAUAUAUCGGUGACAGAUAUAAUAAUAAAUAAAAACAAAGAUAUUGUCGACAAUGUAGUCCAUUUAUUCGUAGGCCUUAUUGGGUUACAGUGGAGGACUCGAGAAAGCAAAACGUCGCUUAAAAACUUCUAUAAUGCGUGUUCAUUAUCUAUGAUCGUAUAUCAAGAUCAAUACUUUGCAGUAAUAAAUAAUUAUGAAUCCUCAUGGAUAGACAGGCUUAAAUCAUUCAUGAACAUUGAAAAUGAAACUAGGAGAAUUAUAGUCGUCGCAGAAGGAGACUUUAAAUGCGGACUAAUCGGCCUUGUAAAUUGUUUGCGAAAAGAAUCGGGCGGUAAAAUGAUUAGAGGUAUAUUUAUUCAAGAUAAAGAUGCACCUACUUUUUCAUUGCAAGAACCGUUGUAUAGAAGCCAGCUACAACUGGAUUUACCCAUCAAUGUUAUACGUUCCAGAAGCAUUUGGGGUUCUUACAGACAUUUUCCAUUACCAUUACCCCAACCAAAACUCGUAAAGAGUGCUUAUGUUUCUCAAAUGGUGCGAGGUGAUCUCAGCACUUUUUGUUGGAUGCAAAGCAUGAUACCUUUGGUCAACAAUGAUGAAGAAAAUCUGGUAAGAAUAGUCUAUGCGUCUAUUAAUUUUAGAGAUGUUAUGACAGCUAGCGGUAGACUCAUUUCGACUUCCGUCGCACCUUUUGAACAAAAUAAUAGUUCCUUAAUCGGAAUGGAAUUUGUUGGUUUUAAUAAAAAUGGACAAAGAGUAAUGGGAAUGUGUCCAAAUAGUGGAUUUACAAAUGUUUACACAGCUGAUAAAUAUCUCAGUUGGGUCAUACCUGAUCAGUGGACGAUGGAAGACGCCGCGACAAUUCCUUGCGUAUAUAGCACAUGCUAUUACGCAUUGUAUUUGAGAGGUAAAAUGAAGAAAGGCGACAAAGUAUUAAUUCAUUCUGGUACAGGAGGCGUUGGGCAAGCAGCAAUUCACCUUGCGCUUUACGAAGGUUGCGAAAUAUUUACAACGGUUGGAAGUAGCGAGAAACGAAAUUUUAUAAGAAAAACAUUUCCAUCUAUUCCCGAGGAUCAUAUUGGAAAUUCUCGAGACACGAGUUUUGAACAAAUGAUUAUCCAGAAGACAAAAGGUCGCGGAGUGGAUAUCGUAUUGAAUUCUUUAGCUGAAGAAAAAUUGCAAACAUCCAUCCGUUGUUUAGCGAAAGGUGGUCGUUUCCUCGAAAUUGGAAAGUUUGAUAUGAUUUCUAAUAAUCCUUUAAAAAUAUUUGCAUUCUCAAAAGGCAUUAGUUUCCAUGGUAUAAUAUUGGAUAAUUGGAUAUUUGGUGCAAAAAAAGAGGAUAAAAUCUUAUUGUAUAAUAUAAUAAUAAAAGGGAUAAAGAAAGGGGCUAUCAAACCGUUAUGCAGAAAAGUCUUUGAAAGGGAUGAAAUAGAAACUGCGUUUAGAUAUAUGGCUGCUGGAAAACAUAUUGGCAAGAUAAUAAUAAAAAUUCGAAAGGAAAAUGAACCCUUGGAUGCUCCUAUACUUGCACAUCCGCGGUACUACUGCCUGGAACGCAAAUGCUAUAUCGUUUUAGGUGGUCUAGGUGGUUUUGGUUUAGAAUUAAUUGAUUGGUUGAUUCUACGUGGUGCAAAAAAUCUAGUAGUAACCUCGCGAACUGGAAUAAAAAACGGAUAUCAGCGAUCAAGAGUAACGUUAUGGCAAUCUUACGGUGUAAAUAUACAAAUCGUUACAGCUGAUACUUCGAGAUAUAGAGACUGUGAAUAUAUAUUAAAAUUUGCCGAAGAACAAGGUCCUGUAGAUGCUAUAUUCAAUCUCGCAGUUGUGUUGAAAGAUGAUAUAUUUAAGAAUCAAUCCCCACAAACAUUCGAAGAAACCUUCGUGUCAAAGGCAUGGACGACGAAGAAGAUGGACGAAUUAUCGAGAACUAUUUGCACUCAACUUCGACAUUUUGUCGUUUUCUCUUCCGUUUCAUGCGGAAGAGGUAACGCAGGCCAAACAAAUUACGGAAUGGCAAAUUCCGUAAUGGAAAGAAUUUGUGAAAGAAGGAAAAAAGAAGGUUUACAUGGUUUGGCUAUACAGUGGGGCGCAAUUGGUGAAGUUGGGCUUGUCGCAGAUAUGCGAGAAGAUGACAAAGAACUUAUUAUCGGAGGUACAUUGCAACAAAAAAUAUCUUCUUGUUUGGACACUUUAGAAGUAUUUCUGCUACAAGAUCGGUCAAUUGUAAGCAGUAUGGUUGUUGCUGAGAAACAAAAAUCGAGCCAAGCAAUGAAUCCAGUUGAAGCAGUUGCUAAUAUUAUGGGUCUGAAAAAUUCAAACAUAUUGGCGCCAAAUGUAUCACUGGCUGAACUAGGCGUGGAUUCAAUGAUGGCAGUAGAAAUUAAACAAACCUUAGAGAGAGAAUUUGAUAUUUUAUUGACAGAAGAAGAUAUUCGAAACCUCAAUUUUGCUGCGCUUAGAAAAAUGAUAAAUGCAACCGAGGAAGGAAAGACGUAUGAUGUUACUGAAGCUGCUACAAAUAUUUUAGGCAGUUUUGAAAUGGUUACACGAAAACUUAAGGAUUCUGACUUAAGUCCAAAUAUUUAUGUGGAACUUGAUACAAAAAGGGAAGUUACUGGAAACAUAAUAAUUCUUAUACCAGGAAUCGACGGAUCUGCAAGCGUAUACAAACUGAUGGAAUCGAAAAUUAAAUCUAUGGCAAUGUGUUUGCAACACGGUGCAAUUAAUAUGCCGGAUGUUACUCGUUCAGUAAUGAAAUCAGCUGCAUAUCUUCUGCCUUAUGUAAUGGAGAAAAUGCAAGAUCAAAAAGAAUUUUUAAUAGUGGGUUAUUCAUUUGGAUCCUUAAUUGCUAUCGAAUUAGCAAGAUUAUUAGAAGCUAAGAAUUUCAUUGGACGGUUAAUACUUAUAGAUGGAGCACCUGAUUGGAUAAAAUUUUUGAGUAAAAAUUAUUUUAAUCAUACUUCGCAACAAGAAUUGCAAAAUGAUAUUUUACUUUAUCUUCUAAAACUAUAUCUGGAAUCUGACAAUGAAAUGAUUGCGUUAGACCUGAAAGAGUGCAGUACAUGGGAGGAAAAAUUAGAACUAAUUACUGCUCGCUUUUCGGAGAAGAUUAAUAUGUUAAGUGUUGAAAAUCAAAAACUAUUAUGUACAACGGUUUACGAUCAUAUAAUUGCUGCACAAGAUUAUGAUAUAUCUUCAUUGUCAUGCAUAAAAUCAUCUGUAAUAUUAUUAAAACCUACACUUACACCUUUCACUUUUCCUGAAGAGGAUUAUGGUCUACAUAAGAUUACUGAAAGUGCAGUGCAAAUUCAUUACAUAGAAGGUUCUCAUAUCACAAUGAUGGACAAAAUAGCAUCAUUUAUUAAUGAAGCAUUCUAAAAUAAAUAGCUCUGUGGAUGCUUCGCCGAACAAAUAUCGAUUAGUUGGUGGAGGUGCAGGGAAAGUGGUUCAUGGGUAAAAUGCGGUUUUUUUUUUAAACGGUUUAUUUGAAUAAUUGUUAUUAACUUUUAUUUAUUCUCAAUCCGAAAAUCGCACUAGAUUCCAUUCGCAUAAAAGAGAUAAUCUCUAACAAAAUUAUCUUUUUAAGAAAAAGGUAAAAAAAGCGUCAAGUACACAUGUGAAAAAUGCGAAAAAAUAUUAUAUU